CUCCGGAUUCAGCACCACCACGUCAGAUGUUACUGUGGGACCCCUGACUAGGCUGGACUUGCAUCGAAAACUGACCUGCCGUGCCUCCAAUAGCCAUCUCCACGAGGCACUGGAGGCGUCUGUGACUCUCGAUCUCAAAUAUCCUCCCAGCAGCGUUCGGAUAGUGGGAGGAAGGACGGAAAGCUGAGCCUGCGGGCAGGAAGAAAACAGGAGGUUGUGUGUGAGGUGAUGGAUGGCAGACCAGCGCCCGACGUCACGCUGAAGCUGGGUGAAGACGUCCUCCCCUCUCAUAAAACGGUCAAGCAGGAGACUCUCUUAAAACACCGCCGCACCACGCACGCCGCUGUUCUGGAGCCGACAGAGGACUUGAGUGGUUCUGAGGUGACGUGCCUUGCCGAUAGCCCGUUGUUGCUCCAGCAAGCCUCGGUGCUUCUCGAUGUCACCUAUCGUCCGAGGGUGAAGCUUGUCAUAGGCGACAACUUGGAACCCCAUAAAGUGAACGAGAAUGACACUUUCUCCUUCCAUUGCAAAGUAUCUGCCAAUCCGGAAGCAGUGAACGUAUCUUGGAGCUUCAACGGUGAGGAGUUAAAGAGCAAUGCUAGUGCUGGGAUUAGCAUGGAGGGCCCUACCUUGUCCCUGAUGAGCCUAGGCAAGUCUUCCUCAGGCAACUACCGCUGCUCCGCCACCAACACUGAGGGUACUGGCGUGUCCAAGCCGCAGUACCUAAGAGUGAGAACCAAGCCAGAGGCGGUGACCUCGUGCAAUGCGACCUCCAGCAAUCCCGGGGAGGGCAAGGCAGUCAACCUGGAGGUAAAAUGUGUCGCCGAGCCUGCCAUGGACGCCUCCAAGUAUUUCCGCCUGAAAGCGGAGAAUCUGAAUACUGGCGUGGUGAAGGAAAAGACCAACUUACUGAAGCCAGUGUUUACCAUCACAGGAUUGACGGAGGGAAAGUAUAAUCUGAGCGUGACUGCCGGCAACAGUCUGGGUAAAAGUCCUCCUUACACCUUCACCCACACCGUCUGCGUUCCUCCCGCCACCUCAGGAGCAUCGUCAAUCUCCCCCACUCCACCCUUACUCUCAUUUUCACUUUCCACUGCCUUUUCCUCUCCCAUCUCCCCUUACUCUACAAACUCCCUAAGUUUUAAGACGCCUCGGCCACAUUCCUCCUCCGUUUCCCACCACUCUUCCCCUACCUCUUCCUGGUCGCCGUGGCGUUCCCAUUGGGCUGUUUUCAUUCUGGUUAUGGUGGUAAUGGCGGCAAUACAUAUCGGGUGUCUGAUUCCUCAGCUCCUCGUCACCUUCUUCAUCUACAAGAUUGAAGAGAGGCGGCCGUCUCCUCUUCGGCAACGCGUUUCUUCACCUCGCUUUCGUCGCCGCAAAAGCAGAAACUCUAACAGAGAGCUCAUCAGGGCCCACCGGCUGUCUGAACCACCAAUGCAGCUGCCCACCAUCACCAUCUCACCGCCUGCAUCCGCCCCGUGCACGCCCCUUACCAGCAGAAAGGCGAGUGGAAGUCUGACCCUGAAUGAACUGGAGGGGUACAGCAUCAUCGGAGCAAAGCGAGCUCCUCACGCCUCCGUGGACUCCAUGGAGUUGAGUUCGCUGUGCCUUUCCGUUCAGAACGAACAGCUGGACACCUGCUCCAUUCAGGAUGACACUGUCCAGAACGGCCAUCCACGAAACGGCACCAUGCUACCUCCCCCUUCCAAGAACGGUUGGGUUCCCACAAACGAGCCUUUCUUAAACAGCAACUUUCAGGACGCCUUUCUUCAAUACAAUUUCAUAGAAAAGGAUUCUCUUAAACGAGACCUCAUGAAGCGUCCUCGCUCACGUCCCUCCUCACCUAAUUUCUUGACAGUGCACACGCCAGUGAGAAAGUCGCUGAAGGAACCUUCCUACAAGGCGUGACACAGGAAGCCAAAGAACCCAGAUACUUCUGUCCGUCCUGCGUGUCUGAGCUCAUCGUUCCUCCAGACUUGCAUUACUGCAGCAAUUCUUCUUCUAACUCACAUACAUUUCGCCCUGCGUCUAUUGAGAAAGUAAAGAAAUACUGGCACUCCUGAAAAAAAAAAGAUGUUGCGAGUUCAGGGAUACAAUUUAUUGGCUAUAGACACACACACACACACACACACACACACACACACACACACACACACACACACACACACACACACACACACACACACACACACACACACACACACACACACACACACACACACACACACACACACACACACACACACACACACACACACACACAGAUAGUUUUCCAAUAAGAUCUCACCUUAAUUAGUUCUCAUUGUCCAUAUACUAUAACCGUAUUCUCAACUCACUAAUAAGCUGUACAUGAAAUGGAUCUUAAAUAGAUAUUUUGUAAGAAAAAACUAGUAUUGAGAUAUCCCCAUAAAGUUUCAAGUCAUUGUAUCUUCCUCGUAUUUUGCUCGAACUGCGUUAAUUCAAGACACGUUAUUCACUAGUGUAUUGAUAAAGCACUGCUAGAAUGAACUAGCAUCUCUAAAUAUUGCUUUAAAAAGUGAGCUUAGUAUUCCUGUGAGGAACACAUUUUACCACCUCCAUCCACACCAAGUAAUAUGCGCGUCACACUGGAACGUGCAUCUUUUACACUUUACAACAGACACGUUUAGAAAGCUCAUGAUAGAAUUCUAAGUUAAUCUUUGUAAAAGGAGUUGAAUAACCCAGAAUCGUGCCAAUGUCCAUGUAAGAAAGCAUAUUGAGUAUUGAACUGAUGGGAUUAAUUGUGUCAGUGUGAUCGAAUAAUCUUUAUCACUAUUAUUAUCAUCAUUAUUAUAGCUAUUGAAGCUUAUAUUAUAAUGAUUCACUAUUGAUGUGUUAACUGGGAAACAACGCAGGGCAAGUGUAUCUGGUCCAUAGUUCCAACACCUCGGAGAAAAAUUCAAAAUCAGAGUGACCUAAAUGCACAAAACACUUAAAAGGAACGUGAAGAAAUAUCAAAGAAAACAAAACAUGUAAACAAUACAAACGCUUUAAACAAUUCAUAAACAAAUAAGUGUGUAUCUUUUGCACAACUAUGUGUCAUAUGUACAGUACAGUCACCUCCUUACUGACGAAGCAGUCAUUCUAACUAUAUAUCCGACGGAAGCGACACAUUUCAUCUUUUUUAUUCAUCAUAAAUUUUCAUGGCAGCGGUGGUUGGCUAGAAGUGCCUCUGACGUAGGUACUUAAGGCUUGUCUACUUCUCUUCCCCUUCAACAUACACACUUUACAUACACUUCCCUUGCCCAAUAUUUACCUAACACUAUCCUUCAACAUUCCUUCUCUCUCUCUCUCUCUCUCUCUCUCUCUCUCUCUCUCUCUCUCUCUCUCUCUCUCUCUCUCUCGCUCUCUCUCUCUCUUUCCGGCAAUUGAGAAGAAUACUAAGAUUUCUAUUUUAAAAUUCUAAUGGCAGGAAGGCGUCUCUCUAUCUAUAUAUAGUCCGCAGACCAAAGGGAAUGUUGUCCAGCCGGGCUCUGAGUUAGCCAUGGUGUGUGUGUGUGUGUGUGUGUGUGUGUGUGUGUGUGUGUGUGUGUGUGUGUCAGCGGUUUGUCAGAUAAUCAAAACCAGUGUCUCUCAAACCCCGAUCAAACGAUACCCAGUAGAUGUAGAAGUGACGAUUCACAUUUUCUUUUCCAUUGUGUCGGUCCUCGUUUCUCUCUCUCUCUCUCUCUCUCUCUCUCUCUGACUGCGAUUAUUUUUUCAUAGAUACUCAGAAAAUAAAUCAAAAUAAAACUGAACACCUACAAGUACUUUUUAAAGAGUCCGUGUACUAAAGAAAGGUGGACAUAAUGUAACGUUACCCAUGCAAGAAGGACAGCACCUUGUAGCCUUUAAUCAACAUCUCUCUUAUUCUCACCCUAACCUUCUUCUCUUUCUCCACAAGUUAAUUUCUAGACCCAAGAGAAUGAUGACCUCUCACUUCCUUACACCGGCGGUACAUGUGGAGUGUAUGUUUGUGCGGGCGUGGUCAGACAAGCCUCAGGGCAUUUGGAUCACUAUGGUGUGUGUGUGUGUGUGUGUGUGUGUGUGUGUGUGUGUGUGUGUGUGUGUGUGUGUGUGUGUGUGUGAGAGAGAGAGAGAGAGAGAGAGAGAGAGAGAGAGAGAGAGAGAGAGAGAGACGGUUGGUGGCCCAGAUGUAGGGUAUAGACAGGGAGGUAUAGAGGAGAGAUGGUGGGCAGAUGGAAAUAGAGGUGAGGCUUAAAUCACACGUCAUGACUUCUAGCCAAUAAUAUUUACCUGUUCAAAUAUCUUGAGUUGGCACGUCACUAAGAAUAAGGGUAGGAAGACUGCUUCAAUAAAUAGGGAACCGACUUAUAAUUUAGAUGUUUAAGGUGAAAAUAAAGAGGAAUAGACACAGUGUGCUUCACUGAACAGAAUGGCGAACUACACGCUGUUUGACGUAAGCAGUGAUUUAAUUCAGUGUGUUCGUGGUAUUAUGAUAUUGAAAUGUUGAACUCUUAUUACUAGAGACGAAACAGGAAGUGUGACACAAGUAUAUAAGACUAGAACUAGAUUGUAGAAGUUGAGAAAGGACUCAGAAAUGCACCCUGUUGUAGUUGUUGGCGAAGUGAUGCAAGCACAGCGGAGGAAAUUCAACACAGGAUUUUAGCUCUGAGCUGCAAGAUAAGCUGGGAAUUGCAGCUCUGAGUGUCUUCCUCUAUAGGAUGGUGAAUCACUCGCUGGAGAGGAUAGCGAAUGAAAAGUGCCCCCAAUAUCCUCUGAUGGUGAUCCCCAUGAAGAGGAUCCCUAUUGGUGCCGUAGAUAUCUUCAACCCUGCCCCCGUCGCUGCUCCAAAUGGCAAGUCAUCGCCAUACUAGUGGCCAGCUAAUCUACCUUAUGUGCCUUGCAGAGUGUUCCCAACGCGUGCUGAACAGUAAAGGAAGGAAGUAUACUUGCACACUAUGUAAAUUGUCAAUAAAAGAAGAAUAUAUACUUAUGCAGAUGUGUGUAUUAAGUAGCAUAUAUACACACACACACACACACACACACACACACACACACACACACAGAUUUGUAAGGUUCCCAACUGUUACUUUUCUCUUUUUCUCUAAACAGUAACGACUUUGAACCAGCAUUGUCAUUUUUUAUAGUUACACACAUAUAACGAAUGUACAUGAUAUGCCGUGAUGUGAAUAAACAUGUGACAGAA